AUGGUCUACACCAUGAAAAUCUAUGUCGACGGUGGCUGUAGACGCAACGGACGGCCCGGUUCGACAGGCGCUGCCGCCGCGGUUGUCGAAUACAGGAAUGGAGGUCAAAAGGCCUGGACCAGAAUCUUGCCCCGGCGCCCCCCACCAACAAACCAGCGAGCAGAAAUCACAGCCAUCAUACUAGCACUGCAGUUGGCUCUUGAAAAGAUUGACGAGCUACACUCAAACCCCAAGAUAAAUGUCAAGAUCUAUUCGGAUUCCAAGUACGCUGUCGGGUGCAUGACGGACUGGAUUUACAAGUGGUCGCAGAACGGCUGGAUCAAUGCUGCUGGCAACGCAGUUGCGAAUCAAGAUCUCAUCCGGGAGGCUUCUCGUCUUGAUGAUAGAUUGAGGGAUGAGGGAAAGGUGGAUUAUAUUUGGAUUCCUAGGGAUGAAAAUGUGGACGCGGAUAUGUGGUGCAAUCAGGCUUUGGAUGACGCCGAGGACCAGUAUUAA